AUGACCUAUGUUCUGAGUGGAGGGAAUCAAUGCACCGAUGCCCUCUCUCGGAAGCCUGAGUAUACCCGAAGGGAGGAUAAAAUCUUGCCCCAGACGGUGAUUCCGUUGGAGCGGUUUGCGGCCACCAAGGAACCUGUGGACCUUCGAAGCAUGAAAUUCCAAAGGAUGAUCCAAACCAUCUUAUCUGUCUUGAUUUUGGCCAGCUGCAUCACUACGCUCAAGCCUUCCAACACAAACUUGCAGACAUUCAUUGGCUGUGCUGUGCGAGAAUUCACUUUCCUGGCCAAGAAGCCUGGAUGCAAGGGGCUGCGCAUCACCACAGAUGCCUGCUGGGGCCGCUGUGAGACAUGGGAGAAACCAGUCCUGGAUGCCCCUUAUAUUGAAGCCCACCACCGAGUCUGUACAUAUAAUGAGACCAAACUGAUGACAGUGAACCUGCCAAAUUGUGCUACCAAAGUUGAUCCUCUCUUCACAUACCCCAAAGCCAUCCGCUGUGACUGCAGUGUGUGCCUUACCACAACCACAGAAUGUGAGACUACCUGA